AGACCACAAAUUGACGAUUUGACGCAGCCCCGCCGCUCCCGACUCUACAACGACGCGGCUCUUCCACGACGCAAUAACCCUCCUCUUCUACGCGUCACCGCUGCGCUACCCUAGGUAGACCAGGCAUUAACGCUUUUCCACAGACGGCCGGGAGCACGUCGGACGAGUGAGGCACUAGAAGCCGUAUAGGUUUAAAAUAGAGCUGGUCAAUGCAAAUAAACUAGCAUCUUUGUGUGUGCAAUAGACACGGAGGAGAAUAAACAGGUCAAUAACAUCUACUGGCAAUGUUUGCUCACUUGAAAUUUGAACUGUUCUUAAUGCCUGGAGAAUUAAGAUGCACAAACCACAAUCUUUCUUGUAGACUAAUAUAAAAAGUCAAAAUAUGGGCAAGCAUUAGACAUAUUCCCAACUUUGUCUUUGAAAAUUUAAAUAGAAAUCUGAAUAAUGAAAUCACCAUCGUUUUUUUAUCUUUUUGACAGAAGAGGUAAGCAUCCAAACGAGUUAUGUCAACUCCACAAGGAUUUUUGAACACCUGGUUUGCCAGGCCUGAUGUUUUUUGUUUGAUCUGCAAUGGUGUCACCUAUUAUAUAGUAGUCUUAUACAUUUUUAAAUUUAGUUAAUUGGUUGUGUGACUUGUGACGUGUCAUGACACCAUAUUUGUGCCAUUGCAAUUGCCAUACCAUCCCAUCACAAUGAAUAUCGCUAUGCGCCAUGACAACUAUGAGUCUCGUAUAUCAACUUUCUCCCAUGCCCGGAAAUCUCGGCCAAUCUAUGUUCGUCCCUACUUCAGUUCCCUAGAUUGGGAUCUCGUUAAUAUCUGAAUUCUGAACUCUAGCUGAUCCCCGCCUCAUCAGUCAUGAAUUGAUCACUUGUUAGACUCAGGCAACCAUUUUUAAAGAUUGCAGAAAUCACAUCGUGUUCACCCACAAAUGACCUUUAUGUGUGUUUGUGCUCUAAUGUAUUAGUGUUGGCCGAUUUGAUUAGUAAUAUUUAGAGUAAUGUUUUUUUAAUUAUUCGUUUAUAACGUGAGGUAUUCUAUAUAUAGUUAUCAAUUCUAAGAUAUUAUGUUCAAGAACCUCUAUAUUUGAGAAAUAUUCCAUAAUCAAUCUUUUGUGGACUACAUAUGGAAAACAUAUUUGGGUCCAAAGGAUUGAUCAUGCAGUAGCUCUCAAAUAUAGAGGACCAUAAACAUAAUAUCGUAGAAUGGAGGACUAUAUAUAGAAAAUGCCUUUUUAUAGAAUUGCUCUAAAAUUUAUUGUUUUUAUUAUUAUAUUUCACAUUUUCGUCAUUAAUUCAAUUCCUGAUAGCUAUUGUGAUAAAGUGCCACCUAUGCUGUUAUUUUAUGUUAUUAAUAUUUAUAAUAGAGUCAGGUCAGUUGUUUUAUUUUAAAUAUGUUAGUGACUAAGUAGAAAAUAAUGUGUAAGUAGACUUAAAUUCUAGGAGUAGUUGCUAAGUAAUAUUGUAGCGGGCCUAAAGUCUAGGGAUAGUUGCUAGGUAAUGUGGUAGUUGGCCUAAAUUUUAAGAAUUGGUGGCUUCUAUAAAAUUUGAGGCUCAUUAUUUGUACAAGUUAUCCAGAAAGUAAUUCAAUAUUUAUUAUUGGAGAUUUUCCUUGGCUUUAUUACUUAUAUGAGUUUAAGAUUCUUGCUCAUAUUUUGAUAAAGAUUUUCAUUUGUCUUUAUUAUUUUAUGGAGUUAGAUCCUGAUUUCAUAAUUUGAUAAAAGACUAUUCUUAAUUUAUUUUCCCCACCAAUCUCGAGUUCUAUCAUAUUGUCUUGAUUGUUUAUACAAACGGUCUUUGGGUUGAAACUAUUGUGAAUUUUCAUUGUCUUCCUUAGUGAUUUGGAGUGGCAUAAAUAGAUGUUUGUGUUUAAAUUCAACAUUUACACAUACUGUAUGCGUGUGCCUAAUUACAAAAUUUAAAUAUUAGGUCAAUGUUGUGUGCUACAUCUCCAAAAAGUUGUGAAUUACCAUAUACGAGAUAUUCCUUUUUUUAUCCAAAGAAAUUAUCUCCAGUGAGGAUAAGAGCAUUGGCUUCACUACCGGUGACUAAUGGUCUCAAAGUUGAGUACACACCAUGGUUGAUUGUGGGAUUAGGUAACCCUGGUAACAAGUAUCAUGGAACACGCCACAAUGUUGGUUUUGAAAUGAUUGAUCAGUUAUCUCAAGAAGAGGGCAUUUUGUUGAACACAAUACAAUCAAAAGCUUUGAUUGGAAUUGGUUCCAUUGGAGAGGUACCAGUUGUCUUAGCCAAACCUCAGGCUUACAUGAAUUUCAGUGGAGAAUCGGUUGGACCACUUGCUGCAUAUUAUCAUGUACCGUUGCGACAUAUCGUACUGGUUCAUGAUGAGUUGAGUUUACCAAAUGGUGUCUUGAGGCUUAAGCCUAAACGGGGAUAUGGCCAGCACAAUGGGGUGAAAAGUGUAAUGGAGCAUCUGGAUGGCUGCUAUCAAUUCCCACGACUUUGCAUAGGAAUUGGAAACCCGCCUGGAACAAUGGAUAUGAAGGCAUUCCUCCUCCAGAAAUUUAGUAAAACUGAACGCGAACAGGUGGACACUGCACUGAAAGAAGGGGUUGAGGCGGUGAGAAUGCUGGUGUUGGAAGGGCACAGUAGCAGUUUGAGAAGAUUUAACAUUGGGCAGAAGUUCAAGUACCACAAAGUUUGAUCCCAUUAUCAUGGUGAUGAUGGAGGAAGCGUGAGUAUGAUAUGGUCGUCGUAUUUUGAGAUUCCAUCCAGGUUUUGUGCCUUUUAAGGGGUCGUUUACUAGAACUUAUUUAUCUCAAGUAAAUUGAAUGUUACUGAGCUGAACUUAAUUGAUUUUACUUAAAUUGUACUUACAGAUAAUACUGAAUUAGGUAUCGAAUUCUGGAAAAAUU